AUGAAUUAGGAUUUUAAAAGAACUGACAUUAACUAUUCCCCUUAUUUCGAAUAGGUUUCUCUUAAUAAAUUGAAAAGAAAUGAGUAUCACAGUCUCUAAAAAAUAAGGGAUAAUUCUGUUAGAAGGAACAAAUUAUUGUUGCCUUCUAUUGAAAAUAGUACUCUCGAAGAUAUAUCAAUGCAUUUCAAUAAAUGUGUUACUUCUAGUAAAUCUCCUGAAAAAUAAAGCGAUAAACUUUAAGUGAACAAAUGCUAAUUGGAAUUUAUUCAGCAAAGUUUUUUGGAACUAGAAUAAACUAAAAUGUCGAUUACAAUGAGAGAUAUGAGCAAUAUGAGAAAUAAAUUUAAUUGUAAUCAAAGAAUAAUAGCAAAUAAAGAACAAUAUACUGUCCGAAAUCUCGAGAGAUAAAUGGGAAGUAAUUUAGAGGAUUAUUCAAAUUUAAUGUACCUUUAAUAAAUGCCAACUUAGACAAAAAACAAACCAGAAACUAAUAUCGCUUUCUUUGAGGAAGCUUUAAAUGCUUAUUCAUAUGCAAUUCCUAGUAGGAGGGAAUCAGCUCAAAUAGCAGUUAUCAGGGAUAAAGUUUAUGUUUUUGGAGGAAUGAGUGGAGCAGGUUUAAGUAGUGAUUUAUGGUGUUAUGAUAUAAAAAAAUAAGAGUGGCAAUUACAUUAAUCAGACAUCAGUUUGAAAGUUACUAAUCAUUCUAUGAUAGCAUGGAAACAUUUGCUGAUAAUCUUUGGAGGCAGUGGAUAUUAUGAUCACAAGAUGAAAAUACGGCAGGUUUAUUCGACUCUAGCUUAUUUUAAUACUCAAACCAAUCAAUGGUCAAUAACAUUAGAAUCAAUAGAGCCCAGAAGAGAACAUAAGGCUGCUUUAUAUUUGGGAAAGUAUAUGGUUAUAACUGGUGGCUUAGAUUCUGGUGAAUAAUUAUUGAAUGACACACUUAUGUAUUCUUUGGAUUCAAGGAGAUGGUUAGGAACUAAGAUAUAUUUUGAUGAGGGAAUAGCUUAGCAUGCCAUUUGUGAAGCCUUUGAUUUUAAGAGAAAUGUAGAUACAAUUUAUUUGUUUGGUGGCAAAACUAAAUCUUUGGGUUCUUUCCCUUUGAUGAGGUUGGUUUUCUCUGGAUAAGCUCCGUAAAGUUGGGAGAGAGUCUAAGGAACUGGAGUUGCUCCUUAAGGGAGAUACAAUCAUACAAUGGAAAGUUUAAAUGAUAAUUUGAUUCUGAUUGGAGGCAGAUCAUAAACAAUCUAAGAAUACUAAAGUGAAAUAGUCAUUUUCAACUUGAUUUUAAAUUAAUGGAUUUAAGUCAAGAGACAAGGUUUAAUGACAAAAAGAUGGAGUCAUUGCAGUUGUGUAUUUGCUACUAAUAUAUUUUGUUUUGGGGGUAUUGGAGAAGUGACAUAUCUACCUCCAGUUGUUUUCUCGAUUGAAACAGAUUAAUUCAAAAUAAAAAACAAAAUGGUAAUCAUCAAGAGAUUAUCCACUAUUGCUGAAGAUAUGAAAAAGCAGAAUGAAGAAUAUAAACAGAUUAAAAGAACAUGUAGACUGGAAAAAUUUAGAAAAGCAUAAAAAUUAUAUGAAAAGGUAACAACAUUUUUGCCAUUACCAAAAUUGAAAACUCCAAAAAUGAGAUAUGAUAUUUGGAUGUAGUUUAUAAGGAAAAUUUUGCAUUCGUUGAACUUAAUUUUUUGA